ACUCCUUCCACUUUCAUAAGAACUGUUCUAUUCUGCUGCUGACAUACAGUCGUGAGCGCUACUGGAAAGUUUACCAUUCAGGACCCUUCUUUGGCAUAAGUAGUGAACAUUUAGCGGCUUUGUGAACACAUUUUUCAGAAUCAAAUUGUUGACUGAUAAGCAAUAACGAAGCUAGGGCGCACUUGAGGGCGCACCCAUUAGCAUUUUCCGUAAUUGGUGGGGUUCCUCUUCAGUUUCAUAUUUGAUUGAUGACUCAUUAAAGGUAUUUUCGGACCAACAAAGGGUCUAUUCAUCGUUUGAAUAGACACAGUACUGUUUGCCUACUGUUUUAUUGUUUUCUGUCGUCGAGUCAACGCCUUGCUACAAUGACCGGUCGGCUACCGGCCUGCGUUAUUGAUAACGGAACCGGAUACACAAAGCUGGGCUUUGCCGGUAACAAGGAGCCCCAGUUCAUCCUUCCCUCUGCGAUCGCCAUCCGCGAGUCGGCCCGUAUCGGGGACCAGGCGGCGCGACGGCUCGGCAAGGGCGUCGAGGAUCUCGACUUCUUCAUCGGCGAUGAGGCGUUCGACGCCACCGGCUAUGCAAUCAAGUACCCAGUGCGGCACGGUAUUAUCGAGGACUGGGACCUGAUGGAGCGCUUCUGGGAGCAGUCCAUCUUCAAAUACCUGCGGGCUGAGCCGGAAGACCACUACUUCCUGCUCACAGAGCCGCCGCUCAACCCGCCCGAGAACCGCGAGUAUACCGCAGAGAUCAUGUUCGAGUCGUUCAACGUUCCGGGCCUGUACAUCGCCGUGCAGGCGGUGCUGGCGCUGGCCGCGUCCUGGACGAGCCGCCAGGUGGGCGACCGCACCCUCACCGGCACCGUCAUCGACAGUGGCGACGGCGUCACCCACGUUAUCCCCGUGGCGGAGGGCUACGUGAUCGGCAGCUGCAUCAAGCACAUCCCGAUCGCGGGACGCAACAUCACCUACUUCAUUCAGUCGCUGCUUCGCGAGCGGGAGGUCGGCGUGCCGCCCGAGCAGUCGCUCGAGACCGCCAAAGCCAUCAAGGAGAGGUUCUCCUACAUUUGUCCGGAUAUCGCCAAAGAGUUCGCCAAGUACGACGCGGACCCGUCCAAGUGGAUCAAGCAGUACCAGGGCGUCAACUCGGUGACCAGGCAGCCGUUCGAGGUGGACGUCGGCUACGAGCGCUUCCUCGGACCCGAGAUCUUCUUCCAUCCGGAGUUCGCGAACCCCGACUUCACGACGCCGAUCUCGGAGAUUGUCGACAACGUGAUCCAGAGCUGCCCAAUCGACGUGCGCCGGCCGCUCUACAAGAACAUUGUGCUGUCGGGCGGCAGCACCAUGUUCCGCGACUUUAGUCGGCGCCUGCAGCGUGACGUCAAGCGCCAGGUGGACGCGCGGCUCAAACUGAGCGAGGCGCUCAGCCAGGGACGCAUUACGCCGAAGCCGAUGGACGUGCAGGUGAUCUCUCACCACAUGCAGCGCUACGCCGUCUGGUUCGGCGGCAGCAUGCUGGCCUCCACGCCCGAGUUUUACCAGGUGUGCCACACCAAGGCGCAGUACGAAGAGUACGGGCCGAGCAUCUGUCGGCACAACCCCGUGUUCGGCACCAUGUCGUGAGCUGCUGUUAGCAGAAACGGACGCCGGCACAGCCGACCGGACCGUGCUGACGUGGCUGAGACUGAUUCCUUUUCUUACACAAUUUAUAGCGUGUGGUGCCGGCCGCCAUUCCACCUAGAGAGAGAGAGAGCGGCCGAGAUGAGAGGAGCGAAGGUGAUCAUGGCGCGAGACUAGACUGGCUUUGGCGUGAAAAGCGAGCGGGGCCGCAGCCAGUGCUUUAUUGUUAAUUUUCGAUAUCAGCCGCCCUCAUGUGAUUCGAAUAUGUAAAUGAAUACAUUAUCCUGUAUUAGA